AUGACGACCUGUAAAGGCUGUGGAUUAUGCAACGCCCUCUCACGGUCUCGUUUGACCUCAGACCCGAGAUAUUUAAAUUCAUCGCCUGAGUUGAGAGGUUAUUCUACGGUUAUCCUUAGGAAGUUGCUGGGGAUGUGCUUUCCUGAUGAGUUGAACCCGAUUGCGGUUAGUAUCGAUCUGAUCGACGUCGUCCACGAAAUUCCGAGAAAUGAAACCAUCGAGUCAUCAGUUGUUGUCAUCGACGGUAAUUUCUCAUCGAAAGCAAUCCAAAAGUAUUACCCGCGGCAUCCAUCGUUUGUUUUGUCGGGAAAUUCCAUAGAUACACUCAAGGCGAUUCUACUUGAAGUAAAAUCUGCGAAGAUUUGGAACGUGAAAUCACUGUUUUUGAUCAUCGGGACGCAGUGCCAGGAUUCAGCUCAGUCAUUGAAAUUGCUUUGGGAAAUUGAAGCUGUUGCAUCGUUUUUCAUUUGUCGAGAUGAUAAGAGUAAUAGAACUAUGAUCUAUACUUUUAAUCCGUAUUGUAACUACGCGCCGAGACCUUGGAGACGAGUGGAAAUCGAUAGAGAACCAGGGAAUCAAUGGACGUUAUUUCGUCAACCCUUCAGAAAUGAUCCAACAAUCUGUCAAAGUAUCAAGUAUGACAAAUCCAAACAUUUGGACGGCUUUCCAAUUAGAAGUACAAUUUCAUUUGAUUACGACGAAGUUAUUAUCGGCGGAAUUCCACAGAUAAUAUCUAAUGGGUUAUUACCAGUGAACGCCGCUUUAUUUCAAAGUUUGGAGUCAAUAUCAAAUAGCACCCCGGUGGCAUAUAUUACUAAUAAUAAUGAUAAGAAUUUAUUUGAUAAUGAUAAAUAUGAUCUCUUAAUACCAUUGUAUCCUCUUAAAGAGCUCGAUGUAAAUAAUUAUGAUUUUUUGAGCUUUUAUAAUGAGGAAGGGUACGUAAUUGUCACAAACAAGCAAAGCACUGUGUUAGUAAUUAAUCAAAUUGUUGAAAAUUAUUUUAAUGUUUGGACAGCUUCUAUUUCUUGCAUUAUUUUAAUAUUGAUUUUGAUCAUCAUUUAUAUAAACAACAACCAAAAUUUACGCGAAGCUCUGUUAGAUAUGUUGGCGAUGUUCUUAGAUAUGGAUUUAAUAGUGCCGCUGAAUAGAAUAUCUAUGAAAAUUGCCUUCUUUUCCGCAACGUUGUUCUUUUUGAUGUUUAACCCCGCGUUGCAAAGUCAAAUGACGUCUUAUCUGACAAAGCCGGCUCGUCAGCAGAUCCAUACAUUAGAAGAUUUAUAUCAAAAUAAAUUUCACGUAAUAUUUAGUAGUAAGAUUCAUGAAGAAUUGUUAAUAAUGGGAAUGUGGUCAAAAGAAUCUGAUCAAAAAUUUUUACAUGGUCAACAAUGGUUCGAUUUUUUCGUAUGUAAAGAUUUCUUGGAAAAACCUUCAACUGCUUGUAUCAUAGGUACAUUUCAGCUUCCUAAUGAAUUACCUGAUGAAUUUCACAUAUCAAAAUACAUGUACUUUAGCGAAUUUGACGGUGUUGUAAGUAGAAGUAACUGGCCACUCAAAGAUAAACUCAAUAAAGCGGCAAUGAAUUUUUUCGAAGCCGGGAAUGCAGACUUUUUUAAAAGACAGUCUUUUUUUAAAAAAAUGGUACGGUUCAAGAAGCUAAUCGAUAGGAUUAAAGCAAAAGAAGAAUACGACCAGUUAGAUUUCGGGUAUUUCGAUUUUGACUACAUUUUGAUCCCCCUGUGUUUAUUCUGGACAAUUUUAGUGUUGAUUAUUGAAAUAAUGCACAAAAGAUUCAUAGAUUGGAACGAAAAACGAUUACGGGAAUUGAGGUUCAAAAAGUUGCAGGCUCGCGAGGUGAUUGCGUGCGCCAUUAAACAAAUGGCUGGGAGAAAGUUGCUGGGGAUGUGCUUUCCUGAUGAGUUGAACCCGGUUGCGGUUACUAUCGAUCUGAUCGACGUCUUCUACACAAUUCCGAGAAAUGAAACCAUCGAGUCAUCAGUUGUUGUCAUCGACGGUAAUUUCUCAUCGAAAGCAAUCCAAAGGUACUACCCGCGGCAUCCAUCGUUUGUUUUGUCGGGAAAUUCCAUAGAUACACUCAAGGCGAUUCUACUUGAAGUAAAAUCUGCGAAGAUUUGGAACGUGAAAUCACUGUUUUUGAACAUCGGGACGCAGUGCCAGGAUUCAGCUCGGUCAUUGAAAUUGCUUUGGAAAAUUGAAGCUGUUGCAUCGUUUUUCAUUUGUCAAGAUGAUAAGAGUAAUAGAACUAUGAUCUAUACUUUUAAUCCGUAUUGUAACUACGCGCCGAGACCUUGGAGACGAGUGGAAAUCGAUAGAGAACCAGGGAAUCAAUGGACGUUAUUUCGUCAACCCUUCAGAAAUGAUCCAACAAUCUGUCAGAGUAUCAAGUAUGACAAAUCCAAACAUUUGGACGGCUUUCCAAUUAGAAGUACAAUUUCAUUUGGUUACGACAAAGUUAUUAUCGGCGGAAUUCCACAGACAAUAUCUAAUGAGUUAUUACCAGUGAACGCCGCUUUAUUUCAAAGUUUCGAGUCAAUAUCAAAUAGCACCCCGGUGGCAUAUAUUACUAAUAAUCAUGAUGAGAAUUUAUUUGAUAAUGAUAAAUAUGAUCUCUUAAUACCAUUGUAUCCUCUUAAAGAGCUCGAUGUAAAUAAUUAUGAUUUUUUGAGCUUUUAUAAUGAGGAAGGGUACGUAAUUGUCACAAACAAGCAAAGCACUGUGUUAGUAAUUAAUCAAAUUGUUGAAAAUUAUUUUAAUGUUUGGACAGCUUCUAUUUCUUGCAUUAUUUUAAUAUUGAUUUUGAUCAUCAUUUAUAUGAACAACAACCAAAAUUUACGCGAAGCUCUGUUAGAUAUGUUGGCGAUGUUCUUAGAUAGGGAUUUAAUAGUGCCGCUGAAUAGAAUAUCUAUGAAAAUUGCCUUCUUUUCCGCAACGUUGUUCUUUUUGAUGUUUAACCCCGCGUUGCAAAGUCAAAUGACGUCUUAUCUGACAAAGCCGGCUCGUCAGCAGAUCCAUACAUUAGAAGAUUUAUAUCAAAAUAAAUUUCACGUAAUAUUUAGUAGUGAGAUUCAUGAAGAAUUGUUAAUAAUGGGAAUGUGGUCAAAAGAAUCUGAUCAAAAAUUUUUACAUGGUCAACAAUGGUUCGAUUUUUUCGUAUGUAAAGAUUUCUUGGAAAAACCUUCAACUGCUUGUAUCAUAGGUACAUUUCAGCUUCCUAAUGAAUUACCUGAUGAAUUUCACAUAUCAAAAUACAUGUACUUUAGCGAAUUUGACGGUGUUGUAAGUAGAAGUAACUGGCCACUCAAAGAUAAACUCAAUAAAGCGGCAAUGAAUUUUUUCGAAGCCGGGAAUGCAGACUUUUUUAAAAGACAGUCUUUUUUUAAAAAAAUGGUACGGUUCAAGAAGCUAAUCGAUAGGAUUAAAGCAAAAGAAGAAUACGACCAGUUAGAUUUCGGGUAUUUCGAUUUUGACUACAUUUUGAUCCCCCUGUGUUUAUUCUGGACAAUUUUAGUGUUGAUUAUUGAAAUAAUGCACAAAAGAUUCAUAGAUUGGAACGAAAAACGAUUACGGGAAUUGAGGUUCAAAAAGUUGCAGGCUCGCGAGGUGAUUGCGUGCGCCAUUAAACAAAUGGCUGGGAGGAAGUUGCUGGGGAUGUGCUUUCCUGAUGAGUUGAACCCGGUUGCGGUUACUAUCGAUCUGAUCGACGUCGUCCACGAAAUUCCGAGAAAGGAAACCAUCGAGUCAUCAGUUGUUGUCAUCGACGGUAAUUUCUCAUCGAAAGCAAUCCAAAAGUAUUACCCGCGGCAUCCAUCGUUUGUUUUGUCGGGAAAUUCCAUAGAUACACUCAAGGCGAUUCUACUUGAAGUAAAAUCUGCGAAGAUUUGGAACGUGAAAUCACUGUUUUUGAUCAUCGGGACGCAGUGCCAGGAUUCAGCUCAGUCAUUGAAAUUGCUUUGGGAAAUUGAAGCUGUUGCAUCGUUUUUCAUUUGUCAAGAUGAUAAGAGUAAUAGAACUAUGAUCUAUACUUUUAAUCCGUAUUGUAACUACGCGCCGAGACCUUGGAGACGAGUGGAAAUCGAUAGAGAACCAGGGAAUCAAUGGACGUUAUUUCGUCAACCCUUCAGUAAUGAUCCAAUAAUUUGUCAGAGUGUCAAGUUUGACAAAUCCAGACAUUUAGACGGCUUUCCAAUUAGAAAUACAGUUGCACUUGGACGAGACGAAGUUAUUAUCGGCAGAGUUCCACAAGCAAUGCAUAAACUGUUAAAUCCAGUAGACGCCGCUUUAUCUCAAAAUUUGGCAUCGAUAUCAAACAGCACCCCAGUCGUAUAUGUUACUAAAAAUUUUGAUGAGAAUAUCUUUUCCAACGGUAAAUCUGAUCUCUAUCUGUCGCUGUUUACUUUUAAACAGGUCGAAGUAAAUAAUUAUGAUUUUUUGAGCUUUUAUAAUCAGGAAGGGUACGUAAUUGUCACAAACAAGCAAAGCACUGUGUUAGUAAUUAAUCAAAUUGUUAAAAAUUAUUUUAAUGUUUGGACAGCUUCUAUUUCUUGCAUUAUUUUAAUAUUGAUUUUGAUCAUCAUUUAUAUAAACAACAACCAAAAUUUACGCGAAGCUCUGUUAGAUAUGUUGGCGAUGUUCUUAGAUAGGGAUUUAAUAGUGCCGCUGAAUAGAAUAUCUAUAAAAAUUGCCUUCUUUUCCGCAACGUUGUUCUUUUUGAUGUUUAACCCCGCGAUUCAAAGUCAAGUGACGUCUCAUCUGACAAAGCCGGCUCCUCAGCAGAUCCAUACAUUAGAAGAUUUAUAUAGUAAUAAAUUGCACGUAAAAUAUAAUGUCGAAAUUCAUGAGGAAUUGUUAAUAAUGGGAUUGUGGUUAAACAAAUCUGAUCGAAAAUAUUUACACAGCAAACAAUGGUUGUAUUUUCGCGAUUGUGAAGCUUUUUUGAAAAAUCCUUCAACCGCUUGUAUCAUAAGUACAUAUUUGCUUCCUGACAAAUUACCUGAUGAAUUUUACGUAUCAAAAUACCUGUACUUUAGCGAAUAUAUCGGUCGUGUAAGUAGAAGGAACUGGCCACUCAAAGAUAAACUUGAUAAGGCUGCAAUGAAUUUUGUCGAAGCCGGGAAUGUAGACUUUUUCAAAAAACAAUCUUUAUUUGACAAAAUGGUACGGUUCAAGAAGCUAAUCGAUAGGAUUAAAGCGGACGAAGAAUAUGACCAGUUAGACUUCGGGUAUUUCGAUUUUGACUACAUUUUGGUCCCCCUGUCUCUUUUCUGGACGAUUUUAGUGUUGAUUAUCGAAAUAAUGCACAAAAAAUUUAUAGAUUGGAACGAAAAACGAUUACGGGAAUUGAGGUUCAAAAAGUUGCAGGCUCGCUGGAUGAUUUCGUGCGCCAUUAAACAAAUGGCUGGUGUACCUCAAAAUAUGCAAAAUGUUUAG